UCAUCUGAUAUGGAAUACAACAUCAGCUGGGUCCAUCCUUACGGCAACCACUCCUAUGGAGAUUAUGGGAGACCGGGCUGCCUUUACACCACUGCUGAACUGAUCCUCAUCGUCAUAGUGACCGGCUCGCUCAGCUUCAUCACCGUCCUGGGCAACGUCCUGGUGAUGCUGUCAAUCAAAGUCAACCGCCACCUCCAGACAGUCAACAACUACUUCCUGUUCAGCCUGGCGUGUGCUGACCUCAUCAUCGGUCUGCUCUCCAUGAACCUCUACACCCUCUAUAUCGUCAAGGGCUACUGGCCCCUGGGUGCGGUCAUCUGUGACCUGUGGUUGGCCUUGGACUACGUGGUCAGCAACGCUUCGGUUAUGAACAUCCUGAUCAUCUGCUUCGACCGCUACUUCUGCGUGACCCGACCAUUGACCUACCCGGCCAGGCGGACCACCAGACUGGCUGGGCUGAUGAUCGCAGCAGCCUGGCUCCUGUCUCUGUUCCUUUGGGCCCCGGCCAUCCUCUUCUGGCAGUCCUUCGUCGGCAAACGGAUCGUCCCUGAUGGGGAGUGCUACAUCCAGCUCCUGUCCAAACCCUCGGUUACACUGGGGAUGACGCUAUCCGCGUUCUACCUGCCGGCGGUCAUCAUGAUUGUCCUAUACACCCGGAUCUCCUUUGCCAGCCACAGUCGCCUCACUGCAGAGCUGCAUAGUAGCACAGCGAGGACCUCUAGUGGACGACCGAAACAAAGCUUCCAUCUAAAGAGGAGCUGCGUCUCGACCCAGACAGACACUGAGCCAAAGAGCGACUUGGCCAUUUCCAUCGAAGCAGAGACGAGUAUCUGCGCUAUGCAGGGGAUUAUCAAGGCCCUAAAAGACUCUACAGAGCAGGCCAACAAUAAUGUCAUCCCCACUAAAGAUGUUACCCCCUCUCCAGAACACUUACCUAGUGAGAUUAACCAAGACUGCAGAUGGUCCAACAGUAGGGUCACGUUCAACCACACAGGGGAUAAGAACAGUUCUGCUACCAAGGUCUCCCAGCCAAAUUCUAUCCUUAAUGGCUCCAAUACAACUAGUCAGCUCAGAAAAAUGUUUUCCCCAUUCCCCAGCUUCAGUAAGACCCAGGUGAAGAGGAGACGGAUUGUAGCAAGGGAGAGGAAAGUGACCAAGACUAUUUUUGCUAUUCUCCUGGCCUUCAUUCUCACCUGGACUCCUUACAGCGUCAUGGCCAUCAUUGGCACCUACUGUCACUUCUGCGUUCCAAACACAGUGUGGACCAUGGGCUACUGGCUGUGUUAUAUCAACAGCACAGUCAACCCAGCGUGCUAUGCACUGUGUAAUGUCACCUUCAGAAAGACCUUCAAGAACCUACUGAGGUGUCAGUACAGAAACACAGGUGUGAAGUGAGGAUGAUGUGAGCUACUCUAUUAUAAUAUGUAAUAGAACAUUUUAUUAUUUAAGGAAGAUGCAUUUGAUUGAUGGACUACGAAGAUAAUUGUCUAUGUAAAAUAGUAUAAAAAAAUCUAACAAAAUGUUUCAAAGCAGCACAUUAAAGGUAUGACAUCCAAAGCCUAAGCUUUACUAAGCUGAUUUUUUUGUAACAACUGUAUAUUGUUGUUAAAAUAAUGUUGUUCCUCUUUCUGCUAACAAUUCUAUAUGCCUCCUGCUUUUGUUUGUGAUGAUGUAAUAUUGUGAUGAAGAUAUACUGCCAUUUCUUACAAAAUACCAAAUGAAUUAUGAAUUACUGAUACUAGAUUAUGGAAUGUUCACUCAAAUCGCUGCAAACCGUACUGUAGGCCAACAUCAGAUCGAGCAACCUCAGCUGCAAUCAGAAAGCAUUCAUACCCUUUGACUUAUUCCACAUUUAGUUGUCUUACAGUCUCAAUUCAAAGUGGAUUAAUUUGAUUUAGUUUCUAACCGAUCUACACCCAGUACCCCAAAAUGACAAAGUGAAAACAUGUUUGUAGAUUUUUUAGCAAAUUUGUAGAAAAUUAAAUACAGAAAUAUCUCAUUUACACAAGU